GCUGUAGCGAUUAAACACAAAAAAAUAAAAACUAGCAACUAACUAGUUAGUCUGCGAUUUUUUGGAAGAUUAAGUGUGAAGUGUGUGAGAACGCGAACGGUUGCCUGCUGCCUGCUUGUGGGUGGAAGCGAGUGCGCAAACAAAAACGGGCGAAACGCGAACAGAAAAGAAAAGGAGCCGAAUUACACAAGUUGUAAAACCGUUUUUGAGACCGAAUAUUGAUUUUUUCAUAGAAUCAGUCGUCGCCGCGGUUGUUGCCGUUGUCCGUUUUGUGGAAAGAACAGUGGCUGUGAUAACAGUAAAGAAAAGCAAUUAAAAGCGUGCAGUAGUUGUCCACAACACGGUUACCUGUAUUGCACCUGCCUGCCGUCUGCUAAUCCCAAAGUCGACCCAUUUCUGCCAGGAGGAGAGACACCACCACCCCCUACGCACACACACACACACACACGGCCAACGACGACGAGCGUCAGGAGGAAGUUCCGUUUCUUUUCGUAUUUCGUUUUUUUAAUACGAAGACAAGACCCGAAGCAGGCUAAGUAUUACAAAUUAAAGCAAACAGUCAAGAGCGCAAUCAAGCUGAAAAAAUCAAGAGAAAAUAAUUAAAAGACAGAGAAAUUAAGCAAUGCCUCAGGCAGAGGGCGGCUAUGUAUCGCUGCCGGCUGUGAAUGGCAAUGGCAGUGCCAUAUAUCAGUCCACCACCGAGCCCUCGGCUCCACCCUCCGUAUUCGAGAGUGUCAAGCGGGUGAUCGGGCAGGCGAUCAAAUCGACGCCCGGCGACAGCGAGGAGCUGUUGCGCUCCGAGCGCCAGCCGGUCAUUGUAGGCGGUGUCAGACUCUCUUUCAGAGACCGCGACAAAACUGGUAAGACUCUGAACACCAAGAUGCCGUCAGCACCGACACACACUGCCGAGGAGGCACACCUGCUGGGCACCAUGCCCGUUGAUCCCAUGGACGACAUCGAACUGCGCUCCGUGCAGCUGCACUUCCCGAAUGCACGCGGCUCCAUACUGGAGGCCUGCGACCAGCGCCGUGUGCCCACAGACAAGGGGGACAUACACGUGGCCAUACAGGGCGAUACAUCCAAGCCGGCUAUCGUCACCUAUCACGAUCUUGGCCUAAACUAUGCCACCAGCUUCGCUGGCUUCUUCAACUUCCCAGUGAUGCGGGGCCUCCUGGAGAACUUUUGCGUGUACCAUGUGACUGCACCCGGACAGGAGGAGGGCGCUCCAGCAUUGCCAGAGGACUACGUGUAUCCAACCAUGGAUGAGCUGGCCGCCCAGCUGCUGUUCGUGCUGUCGCACUUUGGAUUGAAGUCCGUGAUUGGCUUCGGUGUGGGAGCUGGUGCCAAUAUUUUGGCCAGGUUCGCCCACGGCCAUCCGGACAAGGUGGGAGCACUGUGCCUGAUCAACUGCGUGUCCACGCAGUCGGGCUGGAUCGAGUGGGGCUACCAGAGCUUCAACGCCCGCUUCUUGCGCACCAAGGGCAUGACUCAGGGCGUGAUUGACUACCUGAUGUGGCAUCACUUUGGCCGCAAUCCGGAGGAGCGUAACCACGACCUGGUGCAGAUGUAUAAGCAGCACUUUGAGCGCGCCGUCAAUCCGACCAAUCUGGCCAUGCUCAUCAACGCAUACAUUCAUCGCAACGACCUGCACCUGGCGCGCACUCCGCCAGGCACCCCGGGCACAGAGACGGCGGCCACCACGCUGAAGAUGCCAGUCAUCAACAUCACGGGCUCGCUCUCGCCCCAUGUGGACGACACGGUCACCUUCAAUGGUCGCCUGGAUCCCACAAACUCGUCCUGGAUGAAGAUUUCCGAUUGCGCUCUGGUGCUCGAGGAGCAGCCGGCCAAGCUGGCCGAGGCCUUUCGGCUGUUCUUGCAGGGCGAGGGCUAUGCCGUUGGCACGCUCCAAAAGCUGGCACGCAAAAUCUCAAUGGCCAGUCGGAGCAGCUCCACACAAAUUCAACUUAGUGUGCAGUAAGUGAGAGACAGAGAGCAAGGGGAGAAAGCCAACGGAAGAAAGCUUAAAAGAGAUAGAGCAAGAGCAGCGGUGUGACGGCAGCACAGGCUCCACAGACUCCCCACACAAGAAGAAGACGGAGGGGUCAUAGAGUGAGACAAAUUGGAAGUAACCACACCCAUAAAAAACAUACACACAAAAUACACCACAGGACAUGCACACACACACACUCCCGCGAGCUCUCGAAACAGUAACGGUACAGCAACAAGUUGGACCCCGCCCUAGAGCUUUAUUCUUUAUUCAUUUUUUGUGUGUGCUCUUUUUGUUUUGAUGUUAACCUUUUAUAUUGAUUAUGGAUUAUAAAUAGUCGUAAGAGAACUACAUAAGAAGCGGCAACAGCAUUAGUGUUCAAUUUUAUUUGUUGUCUACAUACAUAUUUACAAUAAAUGUAUUGCCUAUGUAUGGUUAUGUGCUAUACAUAUUUCCCUUA